AAUAUAAUGUGCUUACUUUGAACACAUAUGGUGAUGCAAUAAAAACCCAUGGCGAAAUCGUACUAGUAAUGUUAAGUAUUUUAAUGGAAGCCAAUCGAAAGUUGUACUCGAAAGAAUUAAUGUCACUCAAUUUAUACUUAAAUAAUGUUUCUGAACAUUUAGAUUUCUAUUCUAAAAAUAAUGAAAAAAUAUUUGAUACGUCAAAUAAAACUUUCAGUAUUCUUAAAGGUUACUUGAUGAUUCAUGAUUAUUUUUUAGAACAGUUUGAGAACAUGAUAUUAAAAUAUUGUCGUUAUGUAACAUAUGAUGAAGUAUUUGUUUAUUGUCCUGAUUAUAACAAAUCAGGAGAAUAUACUAUCGAAAAUUUUCGAUAUGUUGCAAAUAGACUUAAAAACAGAUUACUACAACGUGAUAUUCAACAAAAUGACAUUGAUGAUAAUAUAAAAAAUUUAGAACACAGUGAAAUAUAUUUUGUUUUUAAUAAAGCUGUUAAAAGGUCUGAAUACUGGGGAUUUUUGCCAAAAAAUGUACUAUUAUAUGAUUUUAUGAUGAAUGAUUGUAAAAUUCCCGAAAAAGAUCUAAUGAUAAGUUCUCAGAACGAACAAUAUCCCUUAUUAAUAAACAGGCAGAAUGAAUCUGUUUUAGACAUGAUUCGUUUUGCACCACUCACCUAUAAAUGUCCUGAUAAAAGACACAUAACCAUUUUUGAUAUAUUUAGAUACAUCAAAUAUACAUUAUACAGAAAAGAAGUACAAGUAUUUCAUACACUCAUACUAACAGCAACAUUUCGUCCUAUUAUUUUACUAGUAAGACUGUUUAUCAGAACCAUUAAGGAAUUAAUAUACGUGUACAUUCAAAAAAAUGAACAAGAAGUACCUUUAAAAUAUUAUGAAAAUAUUAUUUCUGUCGGUAAAAGAAUACUUGAAUGUUUUCAAAAUUUUGUCGAUUUGAAUCUUUUUGGUAACGAUUCGAAAAUAUUCUUUUCUUCAUUUUUAUAUAAAACUUCUGACUGCCUUAAACAUUUUAUUUAUAAAAGGACACGCGAUACAAUGAUUUCGUGCUCUAAGUGGGAACAGUUAUCAAAAUCAUUUUUAUUUAACAACAAAUUGGUCAUUAAAAAUCCAACUGAGAUUUUUACAGAGAAUAGUAUUGACGAACUCUUUGAAAAAUUGGCUGUGAAUCUGAAACAAUCAGAAGAAUUCGUAAAAGAAUUAAAAGAACAUGAUAAAGUUUUUAAAUUCACCAAAAAAACUUUUUAUGUUAAUCACAUAUUAAAUUUUCAAUACACGUAUAUUUUUCAUAGAAAUAUCAUAGACAAUUUAUGUCGAACUAAAGAUAGUUACACAUCUUUAUUCGGUGAUGCUGCCACUCAAAUCGUACGUGUCAAAGAAAAAAGUAAUGCCAACGAUAAUAAAAAUAGAAAAAAACAAAUUGUGGUGUAUCAAAAUCAUUCUGAGAAAAUUAUAGUGAAUAGUUAUGAUGAAUGCGAUAUAAACUAUUGUUAUAAUCCCAACCCUAAAUACUUGAUUAAUUACAUAUUGUUCACGUAAAUUGGAUUUAUUUUUAAUAUUUAUAAAUUAUGUUAUAAAUUAUUUAGUGAAAAAACAUAGAAUAUAAAUUUUGUUGUAUC